CCCCACUCUCAUCUCGACUCGGCGUCUCCAUCAUCCAUCCGCCAUCCGCCAUCCUCCAUCAUCCAUUCAAUCCAUCUUGCUCUUCAUCUCCCCGUCUUGUCUUUCCCUCCCUCGCUCUCAUUGUAUCCAUCUGUGAUUACUUGACACUGGCACGACCACAAACACCACCAUCGUCCAGUCCGACCUAGCUAGGUCAUUCCCCCUCAUCGGCCACCCAGCCACCCACCCCGGACCGGCCACCCGCUUCCCACAGCUCCACCCUCCGCGCCGCCGGCAUCGCCUCUUUCAUCCAUCCACAACCUCAGCGAAUACCGGCUCACCAUGUCCAAGUUUAAAAUCACUCCCCAGCUGUGGGACAAGAUCCACCAUUUUGCAAGCUUCCCUCCCACUGGAGUGUCGCUCCAGCAAAUGAUCCUCUUUGGCGAACGCCCAAGCCAAGGAACGCUCAUCAAGGCCGCCCAGUUCCUCAGCGAGGAGCUUCCUAUCCGUCUCUCUCAUCGUGUCGUCGAGCUCGAGUCGCUCCCCGAUGGGUUGUCCAAGAUGCCCAGCAUCAACCGUGUUAAGGAGUGGUACGCGGAAAGCUUCGAGGAACUCAUCACAUUCCCCAAGCCUAAGCUGCCGGCUCACAUUGAGGAGAUCCUCCGUAUGCCCCCUACACAUCCGAUUGCAUUUCCAAGGGCGAUUCCAAACCCCUCGCUCGACCCCGUCCUCAACGAGGGGCCAACGGGCUCGCGUAUACUGUACUCUGACCGGCCGCGUCAGAACUCACACGUCGUCGGUAAGGGCGGCGUGAGGAUGAGGAUCCCCAUCGACCGCAUGUACUUCUCCCCGCCGCCUGUCAACACGGUCUACCCGCCCGAGGUGCACGAGUACAACGAAAAGUUCACCCAGCUUCUGCAGAAAAUCAAGCACCGCCAUGAUCCUACCGUCACCAGCGUCGCGCAGGGCGUCCUCGAGUGGAAACGAUCAAUGAAACACGGCCGCAUUGGGCAGAACAUCCAAGAAUGGCUCGACCGCUUCUACCUCUCGCGAAUUGGUAUCCGCGCCCUGAUCGGACAACACGUCGCCCUGAAUACGCUUAAGCCCCACCCCGACUAUGUCGGCAUCAUCUGCACCAAGGCAAACGUGCAUGAUAUCUGCCACGAGGCCAUUGAGAACGCGCGCUUUGUUUGCGAGGAGCAUUUUGGUCUCUUCAAGGGGCCGCCCAUUCAGCUCCUCUGUCCCCGUGAUCUUACGUUCCCCUACAUCCCUGGUCAUCUCUCGCACAUCUGCUUCGAGCUUCUCAAGAACUCGCUGCGCGCGGUCGUCGAGCGCUACGGUGUCGACAACGAAGACCAGUUCCCGCCUGUAAAGGUCAUCGUUGUUGAGGGCUCGGAGGAUAUCACUAUUAAGCUCUCCGACGAGGGUGGUGGCAUCCCUCGAUCAGCCCUCCCGAUGAUCUGGACCUACCUGUACACUACGAUGAGCGACGAGGGUCUUGAGACAACCAUCCAGGAGUCGGACUUCAAGGCUCCGAUGGCCGGCUUUGGUUACGGUCUCCCGCUCUCGCGCCUGUACGCCCGCUACUUUGGCGGCGACCUUCGUCUCAUUUCGAUGGACGGUUACGGCACCGACGUGUACAUCUCACUCAACAAGUUGUCUUCCAGCCAAGAGCCGCUCCCGUGAAUAUCCUGUACAGUAGAACUAUGCACUUAUCGGACAGCACGACUAUCGACCCCGAUUGGCUCCGCUCUGCGGGAAGAGCUGGACGAGCACCGGAAGAAGGUUGGUCUUCCCCCGAGGACUACCUACAGACAGAUGAGGAGAAGGCUGCCGCGGGCCAGAAGAUAGAACAGGCCGCCAUCCAGCAGGCUGCGGCCAUCCAACCUGCGAUGGCUCCCUAAGGCAUUGACAUUUCCUGCCAUCACAGACGUCAACACUAAAGCUGAAGGCCGCUGGCACAAAAGUAACUCUAAACCUCUGAACAUCGCAUGCACUUGCUUGGCCCUAGAGGCGGCCGAGCCAUUACAAAUU